AUGAGCCAAGAGAAGAUUGGAGAUGUUGAUGAAAUAGACCAGAUGAUGGCUAACAAGGCAAAAGAGAUCGAAUUCUUCGCAGAGAGAUCCGAGUUCGAUGACGAAAGCGAUAAAUUGUAUAUGGCAAAUGGGAAGAAUGCGCUUGAUCAGAGAAGAGUUUACAGAAAGGUCAUAAUCAUCGAAAGAUCGCAGCCUGUUGGAGAAAUAAUGAUCCGAUGGCUUGUGUCUGUAGCAAUGUAUGCAUUUAUAAUACAAACGAUAUUUACGGUGUGGAAGAAGGUGAGCAGUAGGACACAUGACAUCUGUGUGUUUUUGAUUCUUAUGUUCUUUCCGCCUGCAUUUUUUGUGUAUGCACGAUCGUAUUUUCUUCCUGGGAUAUGGGCAGGAUUUAUGGGGUUUAUUCUAAUUAGUUGCUUCAAGAUGCUGAAGUCACAGCACGAUAAGGAAGCGAUGAGGCGUACAUAUGCAAUAUUCAAAAGAUUGUUUAUUAUUUCGAACUCAGGGAUUUUUGUUGGGCAGGCGCUUACGUUUAUUACCUUUUAUGUGGGCACUAAGUACCUGAUGCAUUCACUGUCUGUUCUGCUGUUUUUUGUGUACUUUGGGCUAUUGAGCAGAGAAACAAUAUUUUUUUUGAGCGAGAUGAUGGCGGUGUCCACUGGCUUCUACAGCAAAGAGGGCGUGCCCGGAAAGGGCAACAACAACUCGUUGUGCAUGAUAUGCACCAAGAGGUUUGACGGCGUUGAGAAGAUACACACACUAGGAUGUGGGCAUUCAUUCCAUGAGGACUGUAUCAAGGGAUGGUGCCUUCUAGGGAAGAAGCUUUUCUGCCCAUACUGUAAGAGCAGGGUGGUGGGCUCGACACUGCCGCCAGAGCUUUGGCACAAGGCAGAGGUUUGGUUUUAUCCACUGAUAAAUACGAUGAGGAGCUUCAUUAUUAUAACGCUUAUGCUGACAGGGAUAGUCUUGUACAAGAUUAGGUACCAGAAUGGUCAGUGA